AUGGCUGGCGAUGCGCCAGCGCCAGCCGCCAAAGUCUCGGAUGUAUUCAACACUUAUCAACCCACCCGCCUCUUCAAAGCACCUGCAGGUGCAAAUUACACAUCGAUCGACUUCAACGACUCUGGCGAAUUCCUCCUCCUAAGCCGCACAGAUGAUACAAUCCAACUCUUCAAUACCAAAGCCGGACUGCAAAAAGCACAAUCCAAAGUCCAAGUCAGCCUCCAGUUCAACUCUGCCUCCGUGUCAGCUGCUGUCCAUUUCUACAUCGAGCACAGUGUGCAGGAGCUAUCACGCGCUAAACAGUACAAAGAGGUGGAAAGAAGGGAUGUGAUGAAACAUUUGAUCUCACCUGCAGCCGACACGUUUCUCUGGGUAGCCAUCGUUUGCCUGCGUCUCCGCCAGGAACCCCGACGAAGACUGCGCGCGAUCUUGAAAGAGUCCCCUGACGGGCUCGACGCUCUCUACGAUCAGAUGCUGCAACAAGUUGGUGCUUCGAGAGAUUGUGACCUCCUUAAGCAGAUAUUAGCCGUGGUCAAGACCGCCUAUCGCCCUAUUACCAUCCGGGAACUCUCGCGCCUCAAUGCCGAGAUUGCAGAGAUGAUCGAUGAGGUUGACGCCGUGAAGGUGCUCGUUGGUUCUUGCGGCUCGUUCCUUACGAUCCCGAUGACACGAUCUAUUUUAUACACCAAUUUACCAAAGACUUCUUGUCCACGAAGACUGCCGUUUCAUUCCUUGCUGACGAAGUUGACGACACCCAUCACCUCAUUUUUUCCAGAUCACUCAAAAGCCAUGUCGGUUGGAUUGCGAGGCGACAUAUAUAGCUUGAGUAAUCUAGGAUGUCAUGUCUACUUAAUGCAACCACCGACCUUGAACGAGCUGGCGCCUCUGCAGUAUGCUUGCAG